ACAGAGAAAGAAAGACAGGAGCGCGCGCGACAAAUCCCCAAUCGGAAUCAGAAUUGGAGCCGGAGCAUUAUUAGGGUUUUCUAAGUUCCAAUUACAGAAUCGAAAGCGAAUUGAAGAAUGGGUUCGUCUUCGGUGAUAACCCCAGAAGAUGUAUUGGAGUCUCUAAUGAACGACGGCACCAUCGACGCCCUCAGAUUGAAGAUCAUCAAUCAGCUCAAAGCCAAUGAAGAGCUGAAGAGCACGACAAUCAAAAUGGCGGAGCAGAGCCGAGUCCUCAACACCCCCGGGGCGGAGAAGCAGACGAAGCGAGAGCUUUUCGAUGCUCUGCGGCAGGAGCUGGAGACACAAGUCCUCGAGAAGGCCUCCAAGUCUGUCUGGGAGUUGAUUUUGGAUAACAAUGGAAUGGGGAAGGAAAUCAAUCACACUGUUGAGCGUGUGUUCUGCAAACUCAGCGGAACCGACCCGCCGCUGUUUCCUCCUCCCCAGGAUGCCAAUGCCAAUGCCAAUGCCAAUGCUAAGGACAAGGACAAUGCCAAUGCCAAGAGGAAUGCCAAUGCUGGUGGUAAUGCCAAGGGGAAGGCGAAGGCGAAGGCGAAUGGGAAGGGGAGAGUGAAGGCGAAGGCGAAGGCGAUAGAUAAGGAGAAGGAGAAGGAGGCGGCGAGUGGACAAGUCGAGGCCAAGGCUGAGGAGGAGAAGUCGAAUUCGAAGAAGAGGAGUUUCAGUGAGGUGAAUGGACAAGGAGGAGAUGGAGAAGCUCCUCCUACUGUGGUUUUGGAGCAGCAAGUUGAAGUUAAGGCUCAAGUAGUUGAAGCCAGGGCUGAAGUGGUAGUUGAAGCCAGGGUUGAAGAAGGUCAUGUAGCUAUGGCAGAAGACCCACCACAAGUUUGAGGUUACAAGGCCUUGUCUUGUUUAUGGGGUGAGGAUAGCUGUGGUGCAAAUCUUGCAGUGUUUUAGUUUCUGCACCAUUUUGUGAUCUUGUGUUCUUGAAACUUUUGAUGUCUGGUUAUGUUGUCAAUAUUUUCAGAGUAGGAGAAAUGACCGACCCAAGUUGGGUUUGUGUUGCUGAGCUAUCCCAAGUAGAUUAGACUAUGCUUCUACAUUGGCAUUCUCUAUAUCUCUGGCUCUGUGAUUUGGGUCUUUGUGAUUGUGAUAGAAAUCAAUUUGUUAGAUGCAUCUGUAUAUAUACAGAUUCUUAUUCAUUUUCUCUGUUUACAAUGAUUUAGAUUCAACUAUG